AAGUAUGAUUUAAUUUUACAACUAACAAAGUUAGUGCAGCUUUCCGCAUGAUCAAUAUUGUAUAUUGCAUUCAUUUUAACCUUCUUAUAGAGUUUUAUUGUAAACAAUAAAGGCUUAUAAUUUACACAAGGCUAGUGAUAGAAUCAGUAAUUUGUGGUAAAAUGGAAGACACAAUGCAGACUGGGGAACUAGAAAAUAAUGACAAUAAACAGCACGAGUUACAAAAUGAGGAAUACAUUUUCGACUUUGAAGAACAGUCAUGGAAAACCGAUUUUGUGAUUAUUGUCGAAGGAACAAGAUUACACGUUGCAAGAAAUAUCUUGUCACUUGCUUCACCCGUUUUCGAUAGAAUGUUACAGUCAGAUUUCAAAGAAAGUAAAAAUGGUGAGCUUGAAAUGCCAACACAAAAGUUAGAAGAUGUGAAAUUAUUUCUGCAAUGCAUCUACCCAAAUACACUAACACAAAUAACGUGUGAAAUCGCAAAGAGGAUUUUGCCGUUAAUCGAAGAAUAUCAAGUUCUUCAGCUUAAGGCGGCAUGUGGAAAGGCAAUAACUGAAAGUGUAAGUUACGAAACACCUACAGACCUGUUAUAUCAAACUUUGAAAGACGCAUGUUUAUAUGAUCUGAAAGAUGUUCGUAAAAAAUGUGUCCGUCUCGCAUCUAGAAAACCAAAUACAGAAACUGACGCGUCUUUAAGACAAUAUCCUUUGCCGCAUGAAGUCAUGAAUGAAAUUCUACAACUUAAAAUUGCUGAUCUUGAAACAUUAGCUAAUGAGCUAAAAAGCACAAAGUCUGAACUUCAGAAACGGAUAACAAAUCUUGAAGAACAUGAAACUUCUAUGACAUCAGAUUUGAAAACGCUAAACGAAUAUAUAGCGAAGGAUUUGAAAGAGGUAGAAGAACUGCGACUAGACCCUGAACUGAAAUGGAAAGAAGCUGAAAUAUUGAUAAAACUGGACCCAAAUAACGAUUGUAGAAGUUGUCGUGAAAUCGUUGUUUGGGACGUGAAAUUAUCGAUUACUGCUGACUGCCGAAGUAGAAAAGGUAGUGCAUAUGGAUCUAUUUAUUACACCGCAGUGGAAAUUGAAAACCGAAGACGUCAACCAAUGGCAGCGAAUAUAGAAGCAAGGUUUAUCCUUAUACAUGGAAAAUUAAAAACAGAAAAUAUAUUUUGCAAAAUUCGCGGGCAACUUACAGCAAGGAAUAACACAAUAAAACAAUAUAUAAAGGAGACGUCAUAUUUAACUGAUCAGAAAAAUGGGUUUGUGAAAGACAAACAUAUUUGGCUUCUGGUUCAGGUAUUAAUGUCAGAGCCUAUAAGCACAUAAAAUGAGACGAUCUUAUCAACUUACGGGAAAUCAUAUUGUAGUUAUCAAAGGAAGACAUUCUUCCUAUUGUUAUGUCGCUUUUCAUUUGAUACCAACCGUCGCUGGACACACAUUGUUCUACAUUUUUAUCUGCUAAACUGUACACAAAAGUAAGAUCUACAGAAUGGAAAACUCUUAAUAUGGCUGCUUUAAAACAACUCUAAUUUCAUAACGUGAACUUGGUUACUGUAAUACAAUGAUAUCAUUGUUGAAGGCCCACAUGUUUUGUAUAUUUUGAAGACAUAUUACGCAGAAUAGAUAAUGAGAUAAACUC